AUGUACCCUACCGCCCAUCAUGCCGCCAUGCCGCCGCCUCAGGCACGCUCUGUCGCGCCCGAGACCUUCUUAUUAGACCAGGACGCUCAGCAAAGCCUACCACCUGAUAGUGUCGUCGCGCUUCAGCAAGUCGACAACCUCAAAUACUUCCUCAUCUCAGCGCCCGUCGACUGGCAGCCGGACCAGUACAUCCGCAGGUUUCUAUUACCAACAGGCGAAUACGUCUCGUGUGUUUUAUGGAACAACCUCUUCCACAUCUCCGGCACAGAUAUCGUACGAUGCCUGUCGUUCAGAUUUCAGGCCUUCGGCCGCCCCGUCAAGAACUCGAAGAAGUUCGAGGAGGGUAUCUUUUCGGACUUGCGCAACCUAAAGUCGGGCACCGAUGCGUCGCUAGAAGAGCCAAAGAGCGCAUUUCUUGAUUUCCUCUACAAGAACAACUGUAUAAGAACACAAAAGAAGCAAAAGGUCUUCUACUGGUAUAGCGUGCCCCACGAUAGACUCUUUCUCGAUGCGCUGGAGCGCGAUCUCAAGCGCGAGAAAAUGGGCCAGGAGGCCACAACCAUGGCCGUGAGCGAGCCGGCGCUGUCUUUCGAGUUCGAUUCGUCGCAGUCGCUCUUCGAGCAGCUCACCAAGGCACAACAAACAAAUUCCUCGUCUUUCAAUAACAACGUCCAAUCGUCCUACCAGACGACCUCGCCUGAUAUGCGUGGAAUGGACUCGAUGCCACCGCCAACCAUGGUACCGGUACCCCAGCCGAUACCCCAGCCAAUCCACCACCAAGAGGACCCAAUGGCUCAGUACCACCAGCAAAUGUCGAUGCCACCCAUGCAGCAUCCCGUUGCCAAGAGCAGAGGAGAGCGCGAAUACAGCACUCCGAUGCAGCAGAUGCAGUACGACCGAAAUGGCAUUCCCCUGUCGCAGGUACAUCAACGACACAGUUCCAUGCCAGCCUACAUGGAGUACUCGCCAGCGCCUUCAUUCGUCUCCUCCCACUACGAGGACUACAGCACUCGUGGUCUCUCUUAUGAGCCUUUGACGCCGCCUCAACAUCAGAUUAGUCUUGGCGCUGAGCCAGCCUACAUCGCCAACGAGGACACGGGUUUGUACAGCGCUAUUCCCGACCUUCCGAUUCCCACCACAUUCAACCCGUUGAUGAACAUCCCACCGUCAAACCUCAUGGGGCCUAGUUUCUCAGGGGUGUCUAGGCCAUUCGGUCCAGGGAAUGUGUACUCGGUCAUCGAGGGCUCACCGACCUACAAGCAACGUAGGAGGCGCUCCUCGCUAUCUGCUGGGAUCAGCGCAGCAAUCACCUCUGCCGGAGCCAACCAUCACUCUCACCGUCCAAGUGAUCUCAGACGAUCAAUGUCAAGUUCGGUCGUUCCCGUCCCGGAAGCCGACGAGUCGACUCAUAACUCGCCAAAUAGUGCUAAUGGCACCAACUACCCUCACGCAAUCCCAGAAGUGAAAGCCAUGGUCGACAUCUCGCGGCAGGGUACCCCUCUGAAUACCGUCGAGGAGAGCCCAGAACAGCAACCGGCCAUUCUGGACGACCUCAACAGUAUGGUCAAUGGUGAGCUGUUCGAGACGCCACUGCAACACAGCGCUCUAGCUCGCGCUGCAGGCGCCGCGCCCGUUUUCCGACGCGCCCGGAGUGCCACUAUGAUGGAGAUUGGUAGCCCCUACCCGCAAAAAUCGCACUCGUGUCCGAUCCCCACUUGCGGUAGACUAUUCAAGAGAUUAGAACAUCUCAAGAGGCACGUGCGUACCCACACACAAGAACGACCGUACGUUUGCCCAUUGUGUAACAAGGCCUUCUCGCGCUCGGAUAACCUCGCCCAACACCGUCGCACACACGAACCUCGACCUGACGGCGAGCCGCUGAGCGACUACCAAGACGACGACCUCGAAGGCGACGAGGAUCAUCUCCACUCGCUGGAAGAGGACUCGCCUGAUUCUGGCAACGAUUACCUCUCUGGGCUGUCUCACGUCCCUCAGUCCAUCAACGACAUUCCUGGCCCGGGACUAGGUAUGACGACAAUAGCGCCACAGCAACAACUCAUGGCGGGCAGCCACUACUGA